AUGUCUGUGCUGGACGUAUACGGGUUGGUGAUGUUGGGCAACUUGAGCUCUGGAGGGUUUGAGUUGAUGAUUGUUGCCGAGGCGCCUGUUUCGCUGCGUUUUUCGUUCAAGAAACUGCUGGAAAAGUUCUGCGAGUCCAUCUGGUACGUUGUGACCAUGUCGCGCAUUUUCUUUGGCUCCAAGUCGAACGACGAGCGCAGCGACUGGCCCGACUGGUUCACGAAUCCGCCAGAUGGUGUCGUCUUGGUCGUCUCUGUAGCUCUGCGGUCCGAGUUUGAUGGCAAUGGUGAUGAGGAUCAAGGAGAGCAGGUUGAGUGCUGCUGCUGGGACCAACAGCCAGCUUGUCCAGGUGAGAUAGGGGAAAAAAAGCAGCACAACGGUGACACAAACCAAGGUGGACGCAAUAAAGGCCAAACCAGAUAG